CAGCCAGCGGUGAGUGAGCCCAGCUGCGUACCAUGAGUUGUCGCGCCUGCAACUUUCCACAGUUCUUAAUUUAACCUCAAGCUAAUCACCCUCCACGUAGUGACUCACCGAUAAGUCCAAGUUUUCAUUGCCAGGUGUCUGAGUCGACAAACAUGUCCACGACAACCCAAGUUGAUCCAUACAAGCCGCUGGCUCUCAGAACGAAUCAGCGAGUGAAGCUCAGCACCGAUGCACCCUUUACACCCAGGUAUAUCCAGGCCUCACUCACACAAUCAGGAGAUCCCCAAGGAAUAUACACGAGUCGUGUUAAGAAUAGGCACAUCGUCCUGGAAACCCCUGCUCGUGCGAGCAACGUACAGAAAGAACACGGCGCAAAGAAAGGAAGAAGGAAAUCGGAAAAGGAGAAGAGAAAAAUAGUUGCGCUAGGACGGAGACCCACGGGCGCAAAAGGCCUCUGGAAGCUUGAGGAUGGGGCACAAAAAUUUGAUCUAUUCCUCCCACUCCAUCAGUUGUGGAUGGGAUACAUGUCUGAACUUUUAGGGCUUCCGCUUCCAUCUUCCGUUCCAGUUGCCGAAGCAAUGCCUAACGCAUCAUCAAUGCACCCAAAACUGGUAAAGGCCGACUUCCACGGCUCUCUAUUAACAGUUCGUCAGAGCAAGAAUCCUUGUUUAGUUGGCUUGUCUGGUAUCGUGAUUCACGAAACUGAGAAUGCUUUCAAAGUAAUCACUCGCAAAGAUCAACUCAAACUGAUCCCGAAACAGAACUCAAUUUUCACGCUGACAGUUCCCCUAUACUCUACAUUGCUUCAAACCCAAUUCGAGCCAGCUGAAGCCGUCAGUUCCGCGUUGAGUGGUCAAUAUUCAGGAACUGUCCUGGAUGCUCCGCAUAUCGCUUUCGACUUGUAUGGCAAUCAAUUCUGUUUUCGAUCUGCAGAUCGUGCGGGUCGGAAGUUCAAGGCAAAGGAAACAAUCGAGUUAUAAAUUACUCUAAGGUCGAAGACAUG